GUAGUAUUCUCUAUGAAACUUAGGAUCUAAGUUGUAACUUUGUUCUUUCCCCCGGCCCCAGUGGCAGACAUUUUAUCCUGAUUCUUUAUCAGGCCAAUCAAGCAGUCGUCUGCCCAUCCCGAAUGCAGCUCCUGUUUGGUCUACAAGCAAUGGCAAAGGGAUCUUGUAGCAGGGACAGAAGUAGUUUAAAUUCAUAGGCUGCUCUUUCAUUCUGGACUUGCCAAUCCUCAUCAGUUGUACUCAACAGACCGGCAUAAUCUAAUCCUUCCAAACUGCGAACGACACUCUCUGACCUCUCCACGCCCGUCGUUCUUACCAAGAACCCAGCUUCAGAUCAGAUAUCUAUCGACACGCGCAGAAACGAUGGCGUCACCUGCUGUGAAAUAUGUAAAGCUGGGAGACUCUGGCCUCAAAAUCUCGCAAAUCAUUCUCGGCGGUAUGAGCUUUGGCGACAAGAACUGGCAGCCCUGGGUUCUUGACCAGGAGGAGGCUAUCCCGAUCAUUAAAUACGCCUUCGACCGCGGCAUCAACACGUGGGAUGUUGCGGAUGCGUAUUCCAACGGCCGUUCCGAGGAAAUCAUCGGAAAUGCCAUCAAGAAACUCGAGAUCCCGCGGUCCAAGUUGGUUAUCAUGACCAAAUGCUUCCACUAUGUCGACGAGACCCACGGGCCGAUCAGCCCGGGGACGUUCAAUAUUAAUGACGGCAAGCAGGUCAACCUCGUGGGCCUGUCACGGAAACACAUUAUGGAUGCCGUCGACAAAAGUAUAGAGCGGCUGGGCACAUACAUUGACGUCCUCCAAGUCCAUCGGCUGGAUCAGGGCACGCCGGGCGAGGAGAUCAUGAAGGCGCUCAACGACGUCAUCGAGAGCGGCAAAGCGAGAUACAUUGGCGCGAGUUCGAUGCCCGCCUGGGAGUUCCAGCGGCUCCAGAAUAUUGCCGAAAAGCAUAACUGGCAUAAGUUUAUCUCCAUGCAGGGGUUCUACAACCUGCUGUACCGCGAAGAGGAACGUGAGAUGAUCCCAUACUGCAAAGCCACUGGUGUCGGCCUUGUGCCCUGGUCACCCUUGGGCGCGGGCGUGCUGACGCACCCCUGGUCCGACCGGUCCGACCCACGGGAGCAGUCGGAUGUGUUCCUCAAGCUGCUCUUCCGCAGCCGGGAAGAUUCUGCUGACCAGGCGAUUGUGCAGCGUGUGGAGCAGCUGGCGACGAAGAAAGGGCUUAGCAUGGCUCAAAUUACGAUCGCAUGGGUCUUGGCCAAGGGUGAGAUAUCGCCCAUCUGCGGCCUGGAGACGAGGGAGAGGAUCGACCAGGCGAUUAGCGCUCUGUCAGUCUCGCUCUCGGACGACGAGGUUCGGUUUUUGGAGGAGCCUUAUCUCCCGCGGGAGAUUUCCGGCUACUAGUUAGUUGUUUGAGCUCUUAGUCGUCAUAGCUACCGAAGUUCACGAGAUUUG